AUGACUUCGGUGGUGCGCAUCUCUGUUGCCGAGCACGUUGAUUGCUUUGUCGAUGGCUUCCGUCAAGCUUUUUGCUGGUCUCGUGCUGCGACUCUGAUCCAUUCAUCGCAUACUGUACAGCGCUCCUUGAUCAAGACGGUGCUACUUAAUGGUGUUAUCUUUCUCGGCAUCCUGUUUUUCAUCGAUAGCUUCUAUAAUACACCUGAGCAUACGUUGUUUGGCUAUUCAUACACGACAUUGACGGGAUAUCCAAUGUACAUGCUAUGUCUUAUGACAAAUGCCGGGUUCUUUUCAAGGAUUGCAAAGGAAGCAUUCAGUAUGCAUAGCGGCGAGUAUCAGCGACACGAUAACAGUGAAUCGAUAUCAGCACCCACCACCAUCGGCAUGGGAAUACUUUACAUGAGCUGUGCUGCAUUCAUCAGGUGUUUACGAGUGAUUCCACUUAUCGGCACACCAUUGUCCUUUUACGUCAAUUGUAUCUUCAUGGCUUACUAUUGCUUCGAAUACAAAUGGAUGCAUCUAGGAUGGUCGUUGGAUCAACGUUUAGCACAUGUUGAAAAACAUUGGGCUUUCUUUUUCGGUUUUGGUCUUCCUGCUACGUUAUUGACGUUCUUUUUAUCCACGCUACAUGCUGGUGCUGUAUUUGCCUUGAUCUUUCCAAGUUAUGUCAUCAUGGCAACCAUGAGCACAAUGAAACCCAGCACUGCACCCAACGUAUCGAUCCCAUUGUUACAAAGGUGGUACUUGCCAAGUCGGAUACCGGUGUUUUGGCCUGUUGGAAAAGCAACCAAUAUUGCCAUUGAUAUCAUCCAGUCCUUUGGUGUGGUCGACAUGAAGGCUGCAUUUACCGAAAACAAGGAUCAGCUGGGAAAAGUAGUGUAG